GGCGGCCCCGGGAGCUGCCGAUCGGCGCCGGGACAAAGGCGCGGCCGCCCGGCGCCCCGAGCCUCCCGAGCCGGGGCGCACAGCCGGGGCGCAGCCCGCGCCCCCCGCCGCGACUGACAUGAUGUUUCCACAAAGCAGGCAUUCGGGCUCGUCUCACCUACCCCAGCAACUCAAAUUCACCACCUCGGACUCCUGCGACCGCAUCAAAGACGAGUUUCAGCUGCUGCAGGCUCAGUACCACAGCCUCAAGCUGGAAUGUGACAAGCUGGCCAGCGAGAAGUCAGAGAUGCAACGUCAUUAUGUGAUGUACUAUGAGAUGUCCUAUGGCUUGAACAUUGAGAUGCACAAGCAGGCUGAAAUCGUCAAGAGGCUGAAUGGGAUUUGUGCCCAGGUCCUACCCUACCUUUCCCAAGAGCACCAGCAGCAGGUCUUGGGAGCCAUCGAGAGAGCUAAGCAGGUCACCGCUCCUGAGCUGAACUCCAUCAUCCGGCCUGAGUGGGCGAAUGCCCGCUCAUUCCACACAGGAGGCCAGCUGAGGCCUGGAGGCACAAAUGGGAGGCCAGGUCAGAAGACAGCAAAGCCUCAAGAAGCCCAACACCCCUGCACAGCCCCAUUCCGCGAACGUGCACCUGACCGCAGGGCCGCCAGGCCCCUCAGGGCACACGCCCCCCAGCCUCCCACCCUGGCACUGCAUGCAAACACCACCGCUAGCUGCCCCUUCCCGCACCCCACGCCCCUCCCCACUCACUCACCUCCUCCGCUAGUUCCAGAGCCCACGCCCACCUGUCCUCUCCCAGAGAGGGGGCGGAGACAGUGAGCCUAGCCAGGAGCAGGGGUGGGGGUGGCGGGCGGGCGUCCCAGAAUUCCCUUUCUCCCCUCCCCGAAUAAAGAUGAGGGUACUCAAGUUGUCUUGGUUUUUAUUUUAUUUUUUUUCCCCUUUUUCCAGUAUACUAGCUUGUCUUUUAAGAAAAGGGAUAUUAAAAAAAAGAAAAAAAGACAGAAAAAUGUUUAAAAAAAAAAACAAGCAACACCCACACCUGUGUCUGUAUAUAGCCUCUUAGACUGUCAGCUUUUGUUGUGUUCAGUCGUUUGAUCGCUGCGGAGAGAAGGGAGAAUGCUGUAUCGAGGGUGGGCUUAGCUGUGCCUUUCAAAUAAAGAUGUGAGAAGGUUG